AUGCGAGCCCUCGAAAUCAACGAUCAUGUCGCCGUCAAACAUGAUCCAAGCCUCUAUGGCACUGUCCAGCGCACAAAUACCGACUCCUACGACCCACUGGAAGAUGAGCUAAUCAUCGCUCACACUGAAGUCCCGGCAGACGUUCUCAACGAAUUCGUUGUCAAGGGCGUUCCCCCGGUGGGCUAUGCCUUUGUUCAAUUUGCCGAUGAGGCUGCCGGGAGUUCACUGGUGAGCGAAGAUGACCUGAUCUUGCUGAGCCGUGUCUUCCAGAUCGGGGAUACAGUCAAGCGAGAAGGCAAUCCUAUGACUGGCGCAGUCGUCAAUGUAUCAGAAUCCUACAUCUUGGAGCCUAUCCCGACCAACCAAGACUUCGCAAAGUGUCUAAACUUCGAUCCUCUGGGGUCGAGCACGUGCUCGCCCGAGUGCGAAUCUUUAUUGCCUCCCCUGUUUUCUCAUCCGAAGCCGCACACCUUGAUUUACGACGUUCCAGCGCGGGAGGUCAAAAGAGCGCAGGAUUUGAUCAAAGAUGACUACAUAAUUUUUGGAGAAUGGCUGGGUGUAGCCGAUGAUGUGGAAUACGAUGUCGUGAUUGUUCUUGACAACAGGUCGGUUGUGGUGGUCACGGGUUUGGAGGCCCUUCAUAUUCCAGUCCCGGACUAUGGAAAGCCACUUGUCGCAUUGCCAGAGCCGGACGGAUUCAAAAGGCCUGAUAUUCUUGUCGCUACCCAAGGCUGGUCAAGCACAAUCCCUGUUCAAAUGCCACGGCCGGGGACCUUUGUCAUCGUCGAUCGGACCACCCUUCGAACUGGACGGUGGAUAGAUGGCUCCUACAACCCCAAUUGCCCUGUGCAUGGCUAUGUGGUAGACAUCCGCGCCCAUCAAUUCUCCGUCGACUGGGUGGAACGCAAUCCCGCCCCGGUUUGGGAUGAGAACCAUAACAGGACACCGCCUCUUGACCUUUAUCUUUAUGAUAGCAUUCGAGACUACAGAGAACCACCUGGCCUGCGCCCGAAGAAGAACCUGUGUGUAUAUGAUAGAGGGUUGAUGCCAUCCAGAACUGCACAGCAACAGGAAUGCAUACCCGGGCCUGAAUCUGGAACUGUUCACCCAUAUUCGGAGACCACUCAGGAUAUAUGUCCCGGGCAAGACAUCGCAAUUGGUGUCCAUGUCAGGUUUCGAGAUCCGAUAGGCGCCGCAGUGAAGUACCAGGGAAAUAAAGCGACAGGACAUGGCAAGUUUGGUAGAAUCCCGCCCGACAUCUCCGGAGGUUGGGACGUGAACGAAUUUAAAGUGGUCUACAUCAAGCAACAGGCGACGGUGCUGUGGCAAGACGGCAGCAUCACUACGACGGACUCGACUCUACUUGAAGAGUAUGGCCUCUUUGAGGUAGAGCUCGCACCAACUGACAUCGUAUUGAAGCGAGAAGGCAUGCGUCAGAGGCCGGUGGGAUCGAGACGAAGCGCCAAAAACAGCUCCAAGGAUUUUAACGAGAUGACUUUUUUCGAGCGACCUCAUGAUCUUCUGCCUCAAAGUGUGGGUGUUGUCCAAUCGGUCGAUCCCGACGAAAGGGUUGCUCGCGUUCGCUGGUACAAAGAACCCAAGAUUGAACUGCGUUCCUCGGGCCAAGUCAUGGCUCCAAAUUCACGAUUUGGUCCAAUCGGAGACCAGAUUGAGGACGUUUCCUUGUACGAGAUCAUGUCUUUUCCUUGUCUUCAACGUCGAAGAAGAGAUAUGUGCAUAAUUGUUCCUCCUGGAGGAGUCCCGAAGAGGGCAGAUCGUUCAGAGCGUUUAGAACCGCUCAAGUCGUUGGAGUGGAGCACACCAUGGAGAACUGGGCCAAGAUCGACUAUACCUACGGAGACAGCGGUUGAUGGAGGUUCUCACUUUUCAUCUAAGCCGAAUACGGACGCAAGAAAAAGAGUGGAAAACCCAAUUGAGUGGAUUGGUGAGAUCGUUGCUACGGGGUUUGAUGGUUCGGUAACCGUCCGGUUGGGUGCAGCUCGGCCGUGCCGGGACAUUUGCAUCGAUUCCGAUCACAUCGGAGGUCUCAUUGCAGAUCGAGAAAUGAUGGACGACAUAAAUGACGACAUGAUGGAUGUGGAUUCAUGGGCUGACGGUGUGUCCAUUUUCUCUGACGAAGAAAGCGUUGAACCUAUUUCAGAAAGCGUGGAGUACGAGGGCGGCCAACGGCUGGAUGAUGACAGCGGUGAUGAGAACUGGGUGUCUGAUGAAGACGAGGCAUUCGCUGACGCUCACGAAGAGCUGCAAGACGGGGACACUGAGAUGGUUGACGCAGUUGAGCAGCACAACGAUGCACCGCCAUCAACCAACUCGCGACGGUCUCUCCUCCAGCUCCAAGCUUUCUUGCCUACUGAAGCACCACCUCAGUUUCUUGUUCUUGACCGGCAGCCUCCGGCGGAUCAAUUUGGACUCCAUUCAACUUCCACUGCAGGGGCGUCCCUGAAGCGCAUCAUGCGAGAACAUCGGAUAUUGGCGACGUCGUUGCCAGUCGGAGAGAUCUACCUACGAACGUAUGAAAGUAGACUCGACCUGCUACGAUGUUUGAUUAUCGGGCCGAAAGAUACACCUUACGAGAAUGCCCCUUUUUUGAUCGAUCUAUACUUACCCGAGGGCUUCCCUGACGUGCCGCCCACCGCGCACUUCCAUAGCUGGACAAGUGGGCUGGGACGGAUCAAUCCUAACCUGUAUGAGGAAGGCAAGAUCUGCUUGAGCCUGCUAGGGACAUGGUCUGGGAAGAAUGAGAGUGAAUCGUGGAGCGAGAAGGCGACGCUACUCCAAUUGCUGGUGUCCUUGCAGGGGCUGGUAUUUGUCAAGUCGCCGUUCUACAACGAAGCCGGGUUCGAGGGGUACGAGCACGACAAGAAAUACACGCGGGAGUCGGAGCAAUACAGUGAAAAGGCAUUCGUCAUGGCGAGAGCCUUUGUCAAACACGCUAUUUUACGGCCUCCCGGGGGCUUGGAAGAUGUCCUCGCCUGGCUGUAUCUGCCUCACAAGCCCACUGAACCGGAGAGUUCCUUGCUUGGGACUAUUAUUCACCGCAGCCAACAGUUAAUCGCAAAGUCAGAGGAGGCCAGGCUGGCCGGGGACGAGCAGCUGCUGGACUCGGCGGGCGGCAAGGACAACGACACUCAAGUAUUCCUGAGACCUCUCAGCCGAGGGGCCAGUGUCAUGCUGAAGCGAACACUGGCGGAACUGCGGGAGCAUCUAGACCAGUUGGGCAUGGCGCGACUUUAG